AUGGCGGACGACAAGGUGAACGAAGCACAAGGAAAAUCCAAUUUUUCGGACGAAGACGAGGAAAGAUUGCUCGCCGAAGAGGCCGAACAAACACAAGAUUAUGUCACCACCGGUGACACAAAUAAUGGUUCCACUAGGAUGUGGGAGGCCAUCAAGGGCCUUGGAAAGAAACUCAAUCUUUUGGCGGGAACGCCAAAUACACGCAUCACCGAUGCUCCACUAAAGCGGAAAAUACCGCACACAGUGACUAAAGAGUCAAAAAAUGACGCAGAAACCCCACCGGGGUCAUCUCGUCAAAAGAAGCGAAAAUCUUCAUCAGUUUGCGACGAUGCAUCUGACGAUUCUGAUCGAGAC